AUGGCCCUCUCUAAGUGGUCUUCAGCCGACUCCUGUACUAACAAAAAAUAUUAUCAUGAUGUUUUCUUGAGCUUUCGCGGCGAGGACACCAGAGAUUUUGCUGUUCAAUUACAUUCUGCUCUUGUUAAAGUGGGCAUUGCUACCUUCUUAGACAGUAAAAGCUUGGAGAAGGGUGAAUAUAUCUCCCGUUCUUUGAAGCGAGGCAUUUCAUCAAGUAGAAUCGGUAUUCCUAUUUUCUCCAAAAGAUUCGCAGAUUCGAAAUGGUGCCUGAAAGAAGUAGGGUUUAUGGAAGAGUGUGGGAAAAGAAUCAUACCUCUGUUUCACAAAGUUUCUCCUUCGGACGUUCGUAACCCGGAUGGAGGCAUAUAUGCAAAAGACUUCGAGGAACAUGAAAGUCUGAAAACCUUCAGCCCUGAAGAAAUCACUAAAUUGAAAAGCGCAUUACAGCGUAUUGGCCGUAUACCUGGCUGGUCACUCGAUCAAAUUUCCGGGGAGGAAAUUUUGAUUAAACAAGUUCUGGAGAAAAUUGUGAACAUAUUACUUUCAGAGAAGGGCUGUCUGGACAUUCCAACAUGCUUUGGUUUAGACUGGCAAGUGGAGCACCUCUUGAGAUUACUAAACAGAGCAGAUCGUCAGAAGGAGGUUGUGAAAGUGGGUAUACAUGGGAUGGGCGGGGUGGGCAAAACAACCCUUGCCAAGGUUGUUUACAAUCAACUCUUAUACUCUCGGUUUGGAUUGCAUUGUUUUGUACUGGGUGUGGGAGAAAGAUGUGAUCAGUUAAGUGGACUUGUAAAGCUGCAGACCCAGAUGCUAGAAGAUAUCACAUCAUUCAGAGACGAAGUAGAUCAUGUUGAUAAAGGUAAAGCUCGCCUGCAACACUUUCUCAAGGGUAAGAAAAUUCUCCUCCUGCUGGAUGAUAUUCAAAGUUCGGAGCAGCUAGAAGCUUUGGGGGGGAAUUUCACUGACUUCGGGGAAGGCAGUUGUUUGCUUAUUACAACGCAGAAUCAACAAAUUCUAAAAUUGGCCAAAGUUGACGAAACUCACGAGGUGAGGGGGCUUCCUCACGAACAUGCCAUGGAGUUAUUCAAAUUCUAUGCUUUCCCUAACUUCUCUUAUCCAGAGGGAGAGCUACAAACUCUAAGCAACACUAUUGUUAGUGCCUGUGAAGGCCUUCCUCUUGCCCUCCAACUUCAUGGGAAAACCCUGGCUGGUGUGGCCGAUAGAAAUGUUUGGAAAGGCAUGGCAGACAAGUUAAAGUGUGAGCCCAAUAUGCAAAAGAUACUUAGAGCCUCCUACGAUAUCCUUGAUUCCUUUGAGAAGGAAAUGUUUCUGGAUAUUGCUUGUUUUCUUACAGGGACGGACAAAGAAAUUGCUAUGAUAUUUUGGGCAGAACUGAAUCAGAGAUGUCACGCAUCUCUCAGAAAUCUCUUGCAAAAGUCCUUGGUAAACUUGGGCCCUAGUAAUGAAUUGAUGAUCCAUGGCUGCCUCAAAGACUUGGCAAGAAAUUUGGCAAAUGAAAUGAAUUCCCAGCCCCACAAACGCACAAGACUAUUCGAUCAGGACGCAGUUCAGCAUGUUUUACAUCGACCCUUGGAGAAGGCCAAGAAAGUGCGUUAUCUUUGCUACGAGCCCAAGGAAAGGAAGACAAUGGAGGUAGACAUGUUCAUGCAACUGUACAACUUGACGCUGCUUUGGCUUUCAAAUGUUGUGAUAGAGGGACACUUUCCUGAGGCAUGCUACUUUGACGAAUUAAGAUGGCUAAGAUUGACGAGAUGUUCAUCAAUACGGCUACCUCCGGGAAUGAACCUGAACAAGCUUGUUAUUCUGGAGGUCAUCGAUAGCCAGAUUGCUCAUAUCUGGGACGAAAACACAGAACAACAUCCAAACUUACGCGAGAGACAUCUGGCGACACAGAGGUUGCGGGAUCGGUUGACAGAGGCGAAGAUCGAUUGUAUUGCCACAACUGGAUUAUAUGAUGUGAUGCACAUGCCCGUGAUUUGGAUGAAUCACAUAUUGAUUACAGCAUUAGCAGAGCGGUGGCAUAGCGAGAUGUGCAUCUUUCAUCUGGCACAGGGGGAGAUGACAGUGACCCUGGAGGAUGUGUGGGGGGUUGGGGAGAUGGAUUCAGUGGAGAGGGAGAGGUGGAUUGCCACUGCGGAUAUCGCAGGGACUGUUGAUGUAGGGAGGAGUUAG